AUUAACAUGAUCGGUCCUUCCAUACCAGAACAUCUUUUGAAAAAGAAACAGCAAGAAGAAGUGUUACCUGAAGAGGCAUCUCAAUUAGAUAAUAAUAACAACGAUGAUGACGAUGAUGCUGAUGCUUUUAUGCCAGAAUUACCACCUGAUCUACAACCUCCUACACCAAAGCGAAGGACAAUGGGUCCUGCACUUCCACCUCCUGGUGCUUCAACAACAGCCAAGUCGACUGAUAAUGAUGAUGACGAUGAUAUUAUUGGUCCUGCAUUGCCUUCACAAUACGAUGUCGAACAAGCUUCUUUAUCGUCCACUAUAGCAGCCAUUGAAGAAAGAGCAAAGAAAAGUGAAGAUGUUAUGAAUAAGGCAUCAUCGGGUGAGACAAAAGUGGAAAGACCUGAAUGGAUGUUAGCCCCACCUGAUGUGGAUUAUUUGGCCAAUGCAAAUACUGGACGACCUAGAUCAUUCAAUCAAAGAACAGUGGAUGCUGGUAAACGUGAUACAAGUAGUUGGACUGAUACCCCUGCUGAUAAAGCAAGAAAACAAUUACAGAAAGAGGAUGAUGGAGAAAAACGAACAACAUAUCAACAACCUAGUCAAUCAGAAAUGGAGACUCGAAGAAAAAUUGAACAACAUAAUAAAACCGAACGACCAUUAUCACUCUUGGAAUUACAUCGUAUGAACAAAACCAGUAGCAAACGAAAAGCAGAAGAUGAUCCUACAAAACGACCAUUUGAUCGCGAAAAGGAUUUGAUGGGCACUCGCAAGAUGAGCAAGAAGCAAAAAGCGGAAUUAUUGGAAAAGUCUAGUGAAUGGUCGGAUAGAUUUAGCAGUAAUAGGGGUAGCUCGUUUUUAUAGUAAUUCAAUAAAAAUUCAUUAUAUUUUUACGGUG